AUGUCAUCUCCUCGAGAGCACCACCAAUCGAACGAAUUUGAAAACUGCCACACCCAGGCCCUUGCGGUACCCCAAAUCAACCUCCACGAAGCCAGCAGCUACGAGACUUUGGACCCAAUUCAGACUCCUCAAACUCUCAUCUCCGAUGAGAACUGCGACAAAGAAUACUGGAAAAGUCAUGAUACUCUCGCCUUACCCCAGACUCCUACUCGUUCGCCCCCCGGGAAGAAUGCAGAAUGGAGUAUGACACCACAAGUUAUCCGGAACGCACAGCGUGAUGAAGCAGCCGGCUUCAAAAGACGUGAGCUGGGAGUGACCUGGCAAAGUUUAUCUGUAGAGGUCCUCGCCGCUGAAGCAGCUGUCAAAGAGAAUAUGAUUUCUCAGUUCAACGUUCCUCAACUCGUGAAAGACUUUCGUCAAAAACCACCACUCAAAUCUAUCUUGUCCGACAGCCAUGGCUGUGUCAGGCCUGGCGAGAUGCUGCUUGUUUUGGGCCGACCUGGCUCCGGAUGUACAACCCUUCUUAAGAUGCUUUCAAACCGUCGUGAAGGAUAUCAAAGCAUCACCGGUGACGUGCAUUUUGGAAAUAUGACUUCUGAAGAAGCAGUCAAAUACCAAGGUCAAAUUGUGAUGAACACCGAGGAAGAGUUAUUCUAUCCUCGUUUGACUGUCGGUCAGACCAUGGAUUUUGCAACCAAGCUCAAAGUACCAUUCCAUCUUCCCGAUGGAACAAAGAGUGUUGAGGAAUACACUGCUGAGACUAUGCAAUUCCUCUUGCAGUCUAUGGGAAUUUCUCAUACUGCCGACACAAAAGUUGGUAAUGAGUUUGUCCGCGGUGUAUCGGGAGGCGAAAGAAAAAGAGUUUCGAUUAUUGAGUGCCUCGCAACAAAGGCCUCUGUUUAUUCUUGGGAUAAUAGCACCCGCGGUCUGGAUGCUAGUACAGCAUUAGAAUGGGCCAAGGCCCUUCGUGCUAUGACUGAUGUGCUGGGCCUUUCCACCAUUGUUACCCUCUACCAAGCUGGAAAUGCUAUCUAUAACCUGUUUGAUAAAGUGCUCGUUCUUGAUGAAGGAAAGCAGAUCUACUACGGUCCUGCAUCAGAAGCAAAGUCCUUUAUGGAGAAUCUAGGUCUGAUGUAUACUGAUGGAGCGAAUAUUGGUGACUUCCUUACUGGUGUAACUGUUCCAACAGAGCGAAAAGUUAAGCCUGGCUGGGAAAAUAGAUUCCCUCGAACAGCUGAUGCUAUUUUGGCUGAAUAUAAGAAAUCAGCAGUUUAUAAGGAUGAAAUCUUGUUGUACGACUACCCCAACAGUGAUAUUGCUUCUCAACGUACAGAAGCAUUCAAGGAAUCAGUUGCCUGGGAAAAGUCCAAACACCUAUCCAAUGGUAGUGAUACGACUAUCAGUUUCUGGGCCCAGGUCAUCUCCUGCACCCGAAGACAGUACCAGAUUCUGUGGGGUGAGAAAUCGACUUUCUUGAUCAAGCAAAUUCUGUCAUGCGUAAUGGCUUUGAUUGCUGGCUCAUGCUUCUACAACUCCCCUUCUACGUCUGCGGGUCUUUUUACCAAAGGCGGCGCCAUCUUCUUCUCGCUAUUGUAUAACUGCAUUGUCGCCAUGUCUGAAGUCACCGAGUCUUUCAAGGGGCGUCCUAUUCUCAUUAAACACAAGGGAUUCGCCAUGUACCACCCAGCUGCCUUUUGUGUGGCUCAAAUCACGGCGGAUUUUCCUGUGCUGUUAUUUCAGUGUUCAAUCUUCUCUGUCGUGAUUUAUUGGAUGGUUGGACUCAAGCACACUGCGGCUGCAUUUUUUACCUUCUGGGCUAUUCUCUUCACUACAACCUUGUGCAUCACUGCUUUAUUCAGAUGUAUCGGAGCCGCAUUUAGUACCUUCGAGGCUGCCUCCAAAAUCUCAGGAACUGCAGUCAAGGGUAUCGUCAUGUAUGCAGGCUAUAUGAUCCCGAAGCCCAAUAUCAAGAAUUGGUUUGUCGAGCUAUAUUACACAAAUCCAUUCGCGUACGCUUUCCAGGCAGCAAUGUCUAACGAAUUCCACGACCAGCAUAUUGAAUGUGUUGGCCGAAACCUGAUUCCUAAUGGGCCUGGUUAUGAGAAUGUCGGAUCAGAACACAAAGCCUGUGCUAGUGUUGGAGGCGCGCUCACAGGCGCUGAUUAUGUGACUGGCGAUCAAUAUCUUGGAUCUCUUCAUUACCAUGCCUCUCAAAUGUGGCGAAAUUACGGUAUUCUCUGGGCCUGGUGGGGCUUUUUGGCAGUCUUGACCAUCAUCUUUACAUGUCUUUGGAAAGGUGGUGCCGGCUCUGGAUCUUCCCUCCUAAUUCCUCGUGAGAGUCUGAAAAAGCAUCAAGCUCACAAAGAUGAAGAGUCUCAGGCUAACGAGAAGUCCGUCCCCCGCACCACCACCGAUAAGCCCGUCGAAGUCAACGAAGACAAUCUCGUUCGCAACACGUCGAUUUUUACGUGGAAGAAUCUCACAUAUACUGUCAAAACUCCCACUGGAGACCGUGUUCUGUUGGAUAAUAUCCAUGGGUGGGUCAAGCCUGGAAUGCUUGGUGCCUUGAUGGGCUCAUCAGGAGCAGGCAAAACGACCCUACUUGACGUCCUCGCCCAGCGGAAAACAGAUGGUACCAUCAAAGGCUCAAUUUUGGUUGAUGGUAGACCUUUACCUGUGUCCUUCCAGCGCAUGGCAGGUUAUUGUGAGCAGCUGGACGUCCAUGAGCCAUUUGCGACCGUAAGAGAGGCUCUACAGUUCUCUGCUCUUCUACGCCAGUCCCGUGAUACCCCGAAGGCAGAUAAACUCCAGUACGUGGAGACUAUCAUUGACCUUCUAGAAUUACAUGAUCUUGCAGACACCCUUAUUGGAUCUGUGGGCAAUGGACUCAGUGUUGAACAAAGAAAGCGUGUGACGAUCGGUGUGGAGCUAGUCUCGAAACCUAGCAUUCUUAUCUUCUUGGACGAACCUACAUCUGGUUUAGAUGGCCAAUCGGCCUAUAAUACAGUCCGUUUCCUGAGAAAGCUUGCAGAUAUUGGACAAGCUGUGCUUGUUACUAUUCAUCAACCAUCCGCGCAGCUCUUUGCCCAGUUCGAUACUCUUCUUCUUCUCGCAAGAGGAGGCAAAACAGUCUAUUUCGGAGAUAUUGGACAGAAUGGGGCCACCAUCAAGCGGUAUUUUGGCAAGUAUGGUGCAGAAUGUCCUGUUGAAGCCAAUCCAGCCGAAUUCAUGAUCGAUGUGGUUACCGGUGGUAUUGAUGCUGUGAAGGAUAAGGACUGGCAUAAUAUUUGGCUUGAAUCUCCAGAACAGCAUAAAAUGAUAACUGAGCUGGAUAGGAUGAUCGAUGAUGCAGUAAGUAAAGAGCCAGGAACAGUUUCUGAUGGCUUUGAAUUCUCGAUGCCUAUGUGGGAACAAAUCAAGAUUGUGACUCAAAGAAUGAAUAUUGCGCUCUUCCGGAAUACGAACUACGUCAACAACAAAUUCUCCCUACAUAUCAUUUCUGCGUUGUUGAACGGGUUUUCCUUUUGGCGUCCCGGCCCGAGUGUGACGGAUCUGAAUUUGAAGAUGUUCACAAUCUUCAAUUUUGUCUUCGUCGCUCCUGGAGUCAUCAACCAACUCCAGCCGUUAUUCAUCCAACGUCGUGAUAUCUACGAUGCCCGCGAGAAGAAGUCCAAAAUGUACUCUUGGGUUGCAUUUGUUACCGGCCUUAUUGUGUCUGAGUUUCCUUACCUCUGCAUUUGUGCAGUUCUCUACUUUGUCUGCUGGUAUUGGCCGGUCUGGAGACUGCCUCACGACUCGAACCGAAGUGGGGCGACCUUCUUCAUCAUGCUGAUUUACGAAUUCAUUUACACUGGAAUCGGCCAAUGUGUUGCCGCUUAUGCCCCAAAUCCGACAUUCGCUGCGCUCGUGAACCCUCUGAUCAUCAGUAUCCUGGUGCUCUUUUGCGGUGUUUUCGUUCCAUAUACCGAGCUCAACGUCUUCUGGAAGUACUGGAUGUACUACCUCAAUCCAUUCAACUAUGUAGUCUCCGGAAUGUUGACAUUCGGUCUCUGGGAUGUCAAGGUUACCUGCAACGAGGAUGAGUUUGCAGUCUUUGAUCCGACAAACGGUACCUGUGCACAGUAUUUGGCAGAUUAUAUUGCCGGUGACGGUUGGAGGGUCAAUCUGGUCAAUCCUGACGCUAUUUCCGGCUGCAAAGUGUGUGAGUAUACGGAUGGCACUGGCUUCCUAUCCACCUUGAACGUCAAUGAUUAUUACUUCGGAUGGAGAGAUGCCGGAAUCUCGGUCAUUUUUGCGAUUAGUGGAUAUGCUCUGGUUUUCGGGUUGAUGAAAUUGAGAACGAAGGCUUCGAAGAAGGCAGAAUAG